CUUUUUUGAACCGAUACUACACAUCGAUGUUUUAUUGCUGUCAUAUAUAAACCUAACCUAAAUUUAUUGAUAUAAACAAAAACAGAAACGCUGAAUUGAGUGUUGUUUAUAAUGGUGUUUUAGGAAGGCGAAAGUGAAGUGCUGUAAGAGUGAUGCAGGAUUUGAACUAAUUGUUUUCUAUUCUAAAUUUAUUAUAAUCGUAUACCAACAAAAAUGGCCCAAGAUGCAAGUGUUAAAGUUGAAUCUAUUGAAGCAUUAACAAAGGAAGCCAAUUCUUUGAAAACCAAACUUGAAGAUGAACGUCAAAAACUAAAUGAUGUUACACUGAGCACAGUUGCCGAGAGGCUUGAUGUGAUCAACUAUCUCAACAUCAAACCUCGUAGGGUGCUCAAGGGUCACCAGGCUAAAGUCUUGUGUUCAGAUUGGUCGCCUGACAAGCGGCAUAUUGUCUCAUCUUCUCAGGAUGGUAAGAUGAUUAUUUGGGACGCUUUUACCACUAACAAAGAGCAUGCUGUCACCAUGCCCACAACUUGGGUGAUGGCUUGCGCUUAUGCUCCUACUGGAGGCAUGGUGGCUUGUGGUGGCUUAGACAACAAAGUAACUGUGUACUCUUUGACUCUGGAAGAAGAUGUAGCUGCAAAGAAGAAGACUGUUGGAACGCACACCAGUUAUAUGUCUUGUUGCACAUUUCCUAACUCAGAUCAGCAGAUACUGACAGGUAGUGGUGACUCUACUUGUGCACUGUGGGAUGUGGAGUCAGGUCAGCUCCUCCAGACAUUCCAUGGUCAUGCUAGUGAUGUGAUGGCGAUCGAUCUUGCUCCAUCGGAGACUGGCAACACUUUUGUCUCUGGGAGCUGUGACAAGAUGGUCCUGAUCUGGGACAUGAGGACUGGUCAAUGUGUCCAGUCAUUUGAGGGCCAUCUCUCCGACAUUAACAGUGUCAAGUUCCACCCUAGCGGCGACGCUGUGGCCACCGGCUCUGACGAUUCCACAUGUCGCCUCUUCGACCUGAGAGCAGACAAGGAAGUUGCAGUUUACAGUAAAGAGAGCAUAAUUUUUGGAGCAAAUUCAGUAGAUUUUUCAGUUAGUGGACGGCUGCUGUUUGCCGGUUACAAUGACUACACGGUGAACGUCUGGGAUACACUGAAGUGCGUACGGGUCAACCUCCUGUAUGGCCAUGAGAACAGGGUGUCAUGUCUCCAGGUGUCUCCGGAUGGCACUGCUCUCUCCACUGGCUCCUGGGAUUAUACUCUCAGGGUGAGUAGGAUUACAUUCAGAGACUUGUGCUUCUCCGGUGUAAAGUGGAAACAAAGAUUGAAUUCUUCAUCCUGCUUUGCUCAUCAUAUAGAUCUAAUGAUGAAAUAGAAAUUAAAGAAGGAAAUGAUAUUGAGG